AUCCCAAUUAAAAUUGGGACGGGUACACUUAUACCUAAAACCGUCCAUAAUUGCAAUGCUAGAUCCGAGCUGAUCACCUGAGAAGUGCCUCUCCGGGCUAUACUCUACCGUCGUCUCAAAUUUGCAGUAGUCUCAGUGAUUCAACCUUUUCUUAAAAUAGAACAAUUUAAAAAAAAUCAUAAACCUGGAUUGUCAAGAGUUUUCGUAAACGGGGGUUUGUCGAUUCAACCUUUUCUUAUAAUUCAUUGCAGGUUUAGUCAGAGCCGAUACACGAGGUUGUGCGGGAGAAAAUCCAUGGGGAAGGAGGUUUACAGAAACCUUGUGAAAGCAGUGAAGAAACACAUCGGAAAGGAAGAGCACAAAGCCCAUUUCACCGACUUUAUAAGAGAGGAGUUCAGGAAGAGCAUCAAUACCGAAGCUGCUGCUACUGCUGCUAAGAAGGGUCUCUCCAAGACUCAUCAAGAGGAUAGGUUAAAGCUUGCCAAAGAUUACACCUUCCUCCUCAAUAGUGUUCACCAUCAAAAGGACUUGCUCUUUUCUUAUAAUAUCGCAGUCGAUAGGUCUGAUGAGAUGAAAAAAGUUUUGAGAAAAUCUGCUGCCAGCGUGGGACUCCAACUUCCUGAAGCUUAUCAGCCAUGACAGAUAUGUUUUAGAUUCUGGAGAAGAAAUAUUGACUGACAUGCCUGUUAAUGGUGGAAGCAGCCACUCAAAAACUGGAUGCGGCAUUCAUCAUCUUUUGCAGAAUUUCAGAGGCCAUCUUCUUAAGUUAAGUCGAGAAAAAUCAUGUUGAUUUCCCCCGUUGUUAAGAUCACAUUUAGAUUCAUAUUUUGAUUCCGAUUAGAUAGAAAUGUUG